AUGAGAUACGCCUACACUGGCUUCGCCGCUAUGGGCUUGAUGGGCUGUGCCCUCGCCCUUCCCCAGGGCCUUCCUCAGGGUCCUCCCGGCCCUCCCCCCAGUGGCGCACCAACACCAACUGGACCUCCUCCCACCGACGCGCCCAAGCCCACCGGCGCCGUCGAGCAGCGCGACUUCGACCUCCCUAUCCCAGUCUUCAGCGGCAUCGACAGUCUGCCCUUCACCAUCACUCCCCCUAGUGGAAAUGAGAAGCGCGCGGAGCCAACCGCCACCCCCAGCGGUCCUCCUGGCCCUCCUCCCUCGGGACUUCCUGUCCUCAAUGGGCCUCACGGAGCUCCUCCUAACCUUCCUAAGCCUUCGGAGUUCGCGGACGCCGAGCACGAGAAGCGUCAGCUAGGAGACCUACCCUUCUCGAUUCCUACCGGCUUGCCGACUGAUUUGCCUUUCCACCUGCCCACCGGCUUGCCUACCGGUCUGCCAUUUGGAAAGCGUGAGGAGGACCUUAGUCUCCCUACCGACCUACCAUUCUCCCUUCCCACUGGCUUGCCAAGUGACUUGCCUUUCCCAAUUCCCACUGGUCUGCCUACCGGUCUGCCAUUCGGAAAGCGCGAGGAGGACCUCAGUCUUCCCAGCGACCUCCCCUUCUCGUUGCCUACCGGCUUGCCCACUGACUUGCCGUUCCCCAUUCCCACGGGCCUUCCUCUCCCCCAUUUCGGGGAGCACGGUGGACAAGGCAAGCCUACUCCAACCGGCCCUCCUCCCUCAGGCUUCCCCGCCGCCCCCAGUGGCUUUGAGAAGCGCCAGAUCGGCGAUCUUCCCUUCUCUUUCCCAACCGGUCUCCCGACUGAUCUUCCAUUCCACCUACCCACCGGUCUUCCCGUGAAGCGCGACGAGGAUCUUGGCUUCCCUACAGACCUGCCAUUCUCAUUGCCCACCGGUUUGCCCACCGACCUGCCCUUCCCGAUCCCUACCGGCCUCCCCACCGGUCUCCCCUUCGAGAAGCGUGAGCGCCAGCUCCCCGCAAUCACCCCCGAGGGCUUCCCUCACAACCUCCCCACUGAUCUCCCCACUCCUACCGGACCCCCUCCCAGCGGUGUCCCCACUGGAUUCCCCCUUCCCCCUCAGUAG